ACCCAGCCUCCCUUGCCUUUGGCUGGGUGCAACUUCCAUUUUAGGUGUUGGAUCUGGGAGGAAAGAAAAAAAAAAGAAGAGGAGAGAGAGAGGAGGAGAGAACGAAGAGGAAAGAGCCGUAAAGAAGAAAGAGCAAAACAGCAAGGAGAAGGAACAAACUUCUGGGUCUCCAGCGCUGGGAGCUAGCUGAGCUGCUCCUGAGGGCUUUCUCCUUCCUGCUUCCUCCCUGGUGGUGGCUGAGAUGUUUCUUCCAUGAUUCUUUGCAUCUAGACUGGGCUGUUCUCUGUUAAGCCAAUCAAAUCCGACCUUCCCUUCUUAACAGUGGUGUGAAGUGAGGGGGGAGGUUAUCUCCCUCCUUCCUCUGUGAUCCACCUCCCCUUUACUCUGCCCUGCGGCGACUCCGUCCCUCAGGGUCAUGGACGACUCAGAGGUGGAGUCGACCGCCAGCAUCUUGGCCUCUGUGAAGGAACAAGAGGCACAGUUUGAGAAGCUGACCCGGGCUUUAGAGGAGGAGCGGCGCCACGUCUCGGCGCAACUGGAGCGUGUCCGUGUCUCACCACAGGAUGCCAACUCUAUCAUGGCCAACGGCACCCUCACCCGCCGGCAUCAGAACGGCCGGUUUGUGGGCGAUGCUGACCUUGAGAGACAAAAAUUUUCAGAUUUGAAACUCAACGGGCCCCAGGACCAUAGUCACCUUCUGUAUAGCACCAUCCCCAGGAUGCAAGAACCAGGGCCAAUUGUGGAGACUUACACUGAAGAGGAUCCAGAGGGAGCAAUGUCUGUUGUUUCUGUGGAAACUUCUGAUGAUGGGACCACUCGCCGAACAGAGACCACAGUCAAGAAAGUAGUAAAGACCGUGACAACACGAACGGUACAGCCAGUCCCAAUGGGACCAGAUGGGCUUCCUGUGGAUGGCUCCUCAGUUUCUAACAAUUAUAUCCAAACUCUGGGCCGUGACUUCCGCAAGAAUGGCAAUGGGGGGCCUGGCCCUUAUGUGGGGCAGGCAGGCACUGCCACUCUGCCCAGGAACUUCCAUUAUCCACCAGAUGGCUACAGCCGGCACUAUGAGGAUGGCUACCCCAGUGGCAGUGACAACUAUGGUAGCCUGUCCCGGGUGACUCGAAUUGAGGAGCGGUACCGUCCCAGUAUGGAGGGAUAUCGGGCUCCAAGUCGACAAGAUGUCUAUGGGCCUCAGCCCCAAGUUCGAGUGGGUGGAAGUAGUGUGGAUCUCCAUCGCUUCCAUCCAGAACCUUAUGGAUUGGAGGAUGACCAGCGUAGUAUGGGCUAUGACGAUCUGGACUAUGGUAUGAUGCCUGAUUACGGCACUGCCCGCCGCACUGGGACACCAUCUGACCCCCGCCGACGUCUCAGGAGCUAUGAAGAUAUAAUUGGUGAGGAAGUGCCCCCAGACCAAUACUACUGGGCUCCCCUGGCACAACAUGAAAGGGGAAGUUUAGCAAGUCUGGACAGCCUGAGAAAGGGAGGUCCUCCACCUCCCAACUGGAGGCAGCCAGAAUUGCCAGAGGUGAUUGCCAUGCUGGGCUUCCGCCUGGAUGCUGUCAAGUCCAAUGCAGCUGCCUAUUUGCAGCACCUGUGUUAUCGUAACGAUAAAGUGAAGACCGAUGUGCGGAAACUUAAGGGUAUCCCAGUGUUGGUGGGUCUGUUGGACCACCCUAAAAAGGAGGUACACCAUGGGGCCUGUGGGGCUCUCAAGAAUAUCUCCUUUGGUCGUGACCAGGACAACAAGAUUGCCAUAAAGAAUUGUGAUGGUGUUCCUGCCCUUGUUCGUCUUCUUCGAAAGGCCCGUGACAUGGACCUUACAGAAGUCAUCACGGGGACACUUUGGAACCUCUCAUCUCAUGACUCUAUCAAGAUGGAGAUUGUAGACCACGCACUGCAUGCUUUGACAGAUGAAGUGAUCAUCCCACAUUCUGGCUGGGAGAGAGAGCCCAAUGAAGAUUGUAAGCCUCGUCAUAUUGAAUGGGAGUCAGUGCUCACCAAUACAGCUGGCUGCCUCAGGAAUGUCAGUUCGGAACGAAGUGAAGCCCGUAGAAAACUUCGGGAGUGUGAUGGAUUGGUGGAUGCCCUGAUUUUCAUUGUUCAGGCAGAGAUUGGGCAGAAGGACUCAGACAGCAAGCUGGUGGAGAACUGUGUCUGCCUUCUACGGAACCUGUCAUAUCAAGUCCAUCGAGAGAUUCCACAGGCAGAACGGUACCAGGAAGCUCCUCCUAACAUUGCCAACAACACAGGGCCUCAUGCUGCCAGCUGCUUUGGGUCUAAGAAGGGCAAAGAUGAGUGGUUCUCCAGAGGGAAAAAACCCAUAGAGGAUCCAACUACUGAUACAGUAGAUUUUCCCAAAAGGACCAGUCCUGCUCGAGGCUAUGAGCUUCUGUUUCAGCCUGAGGUGGUCCGUAUCUAUAUCUCUCUUCUUAAGGAGAGCAGGACCCCUGCCAUUUUGGAGGCCUCAGCUGGAGCCAUCCAGAAUUUGUGUGCUGGCCGCUGGACAUAUGGCCGGUAUAUCCGUUCAGCACUGCGCCAAGAGAAGGCGCUCUCUGCCAUAGCUGACCUUUUGACCAAUGAGCAUGAACGAGUGGUGAAAGCUGCAUCUGGAGCGCUACGUAAUCUGGCUGUGGAUGCACGAAAUAAGGAACUGAUCGGGAAGCAUGCCAUCCCCAACCUUGUAAAGAACCUGCCAAGUGGUCAGCAAGGCUCUUCCCGCAACUUUUCAGAGGAUACUGUGGUCUCAGUUCUGAAUACUAUCAAUGAAGUUAUUGCAGAGAACUUGGAGGCUGCCAAGAAACUCCGAGAGACACAGGGCAUUGAGAAACUAGUGCUGAUCAACAAGGCGGGUAAUAGAUCAGAAAAGGAGGUUCGGGCAGCAGCACUUGUCUUACAGACAGUCUGGGGGUACAAGGAACUUCGGAAGCCGCUGGAGAAGGAAGGGUGGAAAAAAUCAGACUUUCAGGUCAAUCUAAAUAGUGCUUCUCGGAGCCAAAGUAACCAGUCUUAUGAUGAUAGCACCCUCCCUCUUAUUGACAGGAACCAAAAAUCAGAUAAAAAACCUGACCGGGAGGAAAUUCAGAUGAGCAGCAUGGGUCCAAAUACGAAAUCAUCAGAUAAUUAUGCCACAUUGAAUGAAAGGGGAGACCACAAUAGGACACUGGACCGAUCUGGGGACCUGGGUGAAAUGGAACCAUUGAAAGGAACACCCUUAAUGCAGGAGGAAGGGCAGGAAUCACUGGAGGAAGAAUUGGAUGUUUUGGUUAUGGAUGAUGAGGGGGACCAGUUGGCUUAUCCCCCCAUGCAGAAGAUUUAGCACCACUGUUUCAAGCUUCAUCUGGGUUUAUAAUAUAUGUACUUUUAUUUUUUGGUGGUGAAAUGGACUGAUGAUUCUACCCCCUCCCUCGCUGGACAUUUGUGCCAACUGCCAGGCUGCCUCCUGCCCUAUUGGCCCUAUAUGGGCUGCCUUCCUUUCCUCAACCCCAGCCUCUUCCAAUGAUGCCUGCCCUUCCCUCCCUGACCCUGGUUUCUCCUAAGGAGUCUGACUCAGUCAUUUGCAUAGGAUGCCUCAAUUUCUCCUGCCUUGAGAAACUGCUGCAGAUUAUUUCUUUUGCCAGCUCUCCCUAGAACUGCUGGUCCUAUAUGGAGGUUGGGAGAAAGUUUGAGAUUCUUCAUCGAAAGCCAUGGGAAGAAUUAGAAGUUGGUUUCAGUGUAUAUGGUGUCUAUCAAAGCUCUCAUGUUUUGACAAACUCUUUCUUUUUAAUAUUUUUUUGGUGGGCAAGGAAAAUUGUUUUUAAUGGGCAAGGAAUGAAUUCUUGUUCUUCUCUCCCAUUCCUAAUGGAUAUUUUGGUUUUGAAGCAAAGAAUGUUGGUAAUAUUGGCACAUUCCAUUUGGGGAAAGAGGCAUCUCACCAAGGGAUCCUUCAGAGUAGACCUUUCUUCCUGCAUGUCCAGGGCAGGGACCAUCAAAGGACUUUUGACUCUAACUCACUGUUAGUGAGUAGCUACUGCCCCUUGUUGAGCCUGUCUCUACCCUUCAUUCCUCAUCCUACCACAGAUGUUAUGGCCACAUCUGCUUCAGAAGUCUUAGGAAGGGAAAUCAGGCUGUGCCGUUAAGGGAAUGUUCUUGGGGGGAGUGAGUUGGAAGAGUGUGGAAGGGGAAAGAGGUCAUACAAAACAAAUCAAUCAGCUCCCUCAUCUAUUGAGCAGGGAGGAAUGUAUAUAAGGUCUGAAGUUAAGGUGGGAGGCUUUAAAGCUUUUCUUUUUUUCUUUCCUUUUUUUUGUUUAACCCUUUAUCUUUCCCUUCUCCUUUUGCUUUACCCUGGGGUUGGUUGGCCAAGAGAAGGAUUUUUAUGUACAUAACUCCUGCCCUUCCUCAUUCUGUGCAGGGGGGCUGCCCUGGCCUUGCCUCUCCCAUGUGCCUUUGGCCUGGGGUGGUCCCCUCCUCCCCACGUGCCUUUCUUUGCCGAAGCAGCCUCAUUUCCAAUGAUUUUGCAAAUUAGAUUUUGUUGCUUCCCCAUUGAAACUGAGGGGAGUUCAAGUGAUUGGCUCUUAGGGCCUGGAGGAACCCAAAUUAUCCUUUUGGUCUGGGGGAGGAUGAACCUUUAUUUCCGCCUUAACAUACUUAUACCCAGCAGUGAAAGUUGGGAUUUCCAGCAAUAAUCCUACUUGGAUAAAUCUUAAAAUGUUGUGGGGGGGCAGGGGAAAGUUAUGAGACAUGAUCCCCAAAUUUCAGCAUCAUCUCUGAAGGGUUUCUGGAAAGUCUGGGCUCUCUUCCACCCCUCUAGCUUAGUGCAUUUGAGCAUGGUAGUGAAAAGAGUCAGCUGCUAUGUGGUUUAAGGUUUUUUGUUUUGUUUGUUUUUAAACCUUAUCCCUCUCUCACUAAAAUUCAAAGCCACAUUCAAUGCAACUGGAAGACCUCCCCAAGUGGUGAUUAUUGGGCUGGGGUAGAAGUGCCCAGCUGCCUUGCCCUAAAGCUUGGGUGCUCACUGUUUCCUUCCCGCCCCCUGCUGGUAGAGGGGAGCUUUUUUCCUCUCUCGGUGACCCCAGGAGCGCGCACACUGCACAGAGGGGAGUGGAUCCUGGCCUGAACUGGGUCUCCAUGUGGUCCCCCUCUCCCUCCUCCACCUUUGUCUCUUUUUCUCUGGUGCUCUUUUGUUUUCUCGGUGGGGUUGUGGGUAUCAGUACAGAUAUGGGCUUUGGGGACCUUUUUAAAUUUUUUGUGUGACUAUAAAACACUAAACAUUCAAUUCCAGAAGAACCAAAAAUCCCACCUCCCCACCGAACACUACCAUGGGACAUGUCUUCUGCUCCGUGCCCUUUUCUCUUUCUUGUUAACGCUUUUAAAAACAAAUGAGUUUUUUAUAUAAAUAAAAUUUUUAAAGUGUGUA